AUGUUGAAAAGACUCUAUUCUUCAUUUGUGCCUCGACACAAGUUUCCUGAUUAUACUAUUCCGCUAUCUGAUUUCAAAGGUCACCAGUUGCGUGCUAUUCAACGAUUCAACCAACUUCUGCCCCAGCUUAAUCUUUUGCUAGAGUUGAGGGACAGUCGAGCUCCAAUCAGUACAAGAAAUGUUAUUUUUGAUGACAUUUUGAUGAAUCAAAAGUCCCCAAACACCAAACGUCUAAUUGUUUAUACUAAAUCAGAUCAGUGUCCUCCCGCUACGCUGAUGAAAUUGAAGCGCUGGCACGAUGAGACAGAAGACCAUUUCAUGACGCUUGAUGCCAGAAGCGUGAGAGAUACAAAGAAUCUUAUUAGAGUGCUACAGUGGGAAUACGAUGAAUUGAUCAAGUCUACUGUGGGUGAACUAAGUAAUAAUGAGGGACUGCCUUUAGGAUUCAGGAUACUAGUUGCUGGGAUGCCAAACGUUGGUAAAUCGACAUUGGUGAAUUCUCUUAGAUACGCAGGUGACGUUAAGACCUAUAAUCCGCAGGGAAGCAUCCAUAGCAACAUAUCAAAUAAAAGACGCAAGGUCGCAAAAACUGGCGGGCAGGCUGGGGUCACUAGAAAGACAAGCGAGUGCAUUCGUAUCGGUGAUUACCGGGGCGGGAUGUAUCUAUACGACACCCCAGGGGUCUCUCUGCCAGGCCGCGUAACCACGCGGGAAAAGAUGCUUAGUCUCAGUCUGUGCGGAUGCAUCAAGAGCAAUCUUGUGGACCCGAUCAUACAGGCAGAUUACUUACUGUAUGCUAUGAAUUUACAGACCCCAGCAGCGUACGACCAUUACACAAGAGGAGUGGCUACAAACGAUGUGUACCGUGUUCUCAAAGGAAUUAAGCAUGCCACAGGUAUACGAGAUGACACUGGAGCCGCAAUACAUUGGGUCGACAAGUGGCGCCAGGGCUCUGCCUUUGCAAAGAGUUCCAAAUCUCCGGGUCACAUCUCUUUUGACGUUGAGACGCUGCUCGAGGACCGUUACUUUUCAUAUAAAGACUUGGUUAAACGCGAGUUAGAUCUUCUGGGUCCCUGGACUACCGUUACUGCAGGUCAGAAAAAAUCCAAACACUCCCGUAUGGCUACUAAUAGCAAUCAACUAUUUAAUCUAUAA